AAUAUUUUGUAGAAUUACUUAUUAUUGGUUUGGAUGUUAAUCAUUAUAUUGUAGUUAUGGACAAGGGUAGACCAUUUGAUCAUGAAAUAAUUGAAGAGAAUUGUAUAUCUAAAGAUUUUAGCAGGUGUGGUAUCAAGUCCAUCCCAGAUGAAAUUCUUUAUAAACUAGUAAAUAUACAGUACUUAUACUUAGAAGGGAAUGACUUAACAGAGUUAAACCCAUCUUUGUUCCCGACUUUACGAGAACUAAGGUGGCUUGACUUGAGAAACAAUAAAUUGAGGACCAUUCCUAACUCAGUAAUGGAUCAUCCAUCUCUGCAAGUUUUACUGCUAGAGGGCAAUCAUUUAGAAAGUAUUCCUAUUGAAAUAGGAUCUGUAAAAACACUGAGGGGCUUGCAACUAGCGAGAAACCCACUCGAGUACCCUCCUCCCCACAUUGUCAACCAAGGGGUGCAAAGCACUAUAGAGUUUUUACAAAAAGAGUGGCUUCAAAUGCAGUCACCUCAACAAAUACAUCUCAUUUCAGAGACCCAUUCACAAACCAAGACAGCCCAAUCCAAACAAGGACGAAGGCAAAAGGUGAGUGGGAGUAAAUCAGCUGUGGUAAACAAGGUAGGAGAGCUAGAUAACUCGCACCUGAGUGCAGCAAAUCUCAGCAGGUGUAUCAAUGUACAGCCCAUCUCCCGGGACAGACGACAGGCACCUCAAGAUGUGGGACAGGUCUUGAUGGUUGAUAAUCCUUCUUCUUCAGUCAACUGUAAAAAGCGGUCAAGAAGUUUAACUAAAGCCAGAUCAAGUGUACCACUUGACAACGAUCAUUCGAGGAGCAACAACAGAGACAUGCAACUGAGCCUCAUACGAGACAUUUGGAUAGAGAAAGUUCGUGAAAUGUUAUUAAAACAAGAUGCAAUACUUCAAAGAAGAAAGAAUGUGGAGACAUUGCAGCAGUGGCAAGAUGAAACCAAACUACUCAAGCAAACACACGUCAAGAAAGUUUCUUGUAAGACAGAGGUUGACUUCCCCUUUGGCACUGAUCCAGAAUACCUCAAAAUAUUGUCAAGAAAAGAUUUGAAAGAGGACUGGAACCACCGAAGGGAAUCAUCUCCCCACAAUUUCCGGCAUGAGGAGCCAAUAAAUAACAGGAUUGUAUCAAUAAUGACUGCACUUCAAGAGUUGCAGACCAGUCAAUCCUCAACACUGAUGAGUCCUCGGACUGAGCAAAAGAUACUCUCUGAAGAAAUAAAAAAGAUACGAGACAUUCAGAGAAGUUUGAGUGCUUUGAAACUGAAGAAUUUUGGUCAACUUGGGUAUUCAAGGUAGAAUUUCCAAUUAAUACAUCAUUAAUAAGCUUGUUUGAAUGUCAAUUUAAAAUAAAUUCAGCAUAUAUAACACACAUUUAUAUCUUA